AAAGAACUUUGACCCUGUGUUUCAAGAAGACGGAUCUUCGUCUUGAAGUGAAUCCAUAUAUUUGAAUGCUUGCUGGCUUGUUUUGCACUGAUUUAGAAAGGUCUUUCAUAUCUAAUGCCCGGGGUUCCAGAGACGACUCAGAACAUGUUCCAGGAGGGGCUGCAUCAAGUGUUUUUUAAGGAACGCCCUUUGCCCAACCCCGUUCCAGCUGACGAGUCAACAGCUGUUGAGCCGAUGGAAGACAGACUGGUCCGCUGGUUUGGGACAGUGGUCAACACCCACCUCCUCCUGGCUGGGAUUGUUCAGCUUUUCUGUGCUUCCUUCUGUAUUCUCUCCACUUUAUCCUAUACUUGUUUGACUUUCAGCUGUUCUGCGUCUAUGACAGCUCCAGUAUGGUGUGGCCUGUGUUAUAUAGCCACCGGGUCACUUGCAAUUGACUUACAAAGGAAACCCAAAAAAAUCAAAGUCAUGACUCUGAUGGGCCUGAAUAUCUUCAACUUGCUGUUUGCAGUUUGUUCUUUUAUCACCUUCUUUGUCAAAUCCUCACUAAUGGAAAAAGCCACCCCUCAGCAGCGUGUUGGUGUGUAUGUGCUGAAGGGCAGUGGUAUCGUCGCCAUCCUCCAGUGUAUGUUAGCAACCAUAUACAUGCUCUUUCUGAUUUGGAAAGGUAUGAAGUCCUACAGCGGCCUCUACAGACAAGACUACAUCACUGUAAUACAGCCCUCAGAUGAACAUGCAGAUCCACUGCUGGAAAACGAACAGUUCAGCCUUUGAAACGCUCGCUGUGUAAAAUCAGGAAAUGUGUGCAAACAAAUAUAUGAGUUAUUUUAUUUUAUCAAGAGAAUAAAUACAUUUUUAAGCAUUUACACCCAGGUUUACAAUGACAAAUAACAGUGAUAUUGCAAACAUAUAUAUACACACACACACUACCAAUUACCAUUUGUGAAAAUUCCAAACAAUAUAUGAACAUAAUUUAUAAGUUACAUUUAAGGUGUAAUUUAUAUACAUUUAAUAUAUAUGCAUGUCAUUUGUGAGGAUCACAUGGACCCAAUCAAUGAUUUUGUAUAUUUAUAUAUUUAUGUACAAUUAUAUGUGCUUAUUAAAUUGUGUCUUAAGAUGCAUUUUUUGUGCCAUUGCUGAACAUCAUGAUAUUCCUUCUGUAAAAACAUAAGAUUAAAAUUGAGCUUGUUUACUUUCUUUGCAGUUGUU